AUGAGUGAGAAGUCCAACCAGAUCGUGGAGGACGAGGGCCAGUGGUCCCAACAGGAUAUCCCCGAGAAAAUCGAGAUUCCAAAUGAAAUCUAUAAUUUCAAGGUCGUGCUCAUAGCGAUCAUCGCUGCCUCGGCGGCCACCAUCAUUGGCUACGAUGCUGGUUUCAUUGGUGGAACCGUGUCUCUAAAGUCUUUCCAGAAGGAAUUCGGCUUGGACCACAUGACGGCCUCUGCAAAGGCAAAUGUCGAAGCAAACGUUGUAUCUGUGUUCCAGGCUGGUGCAUACUUUGGCUGCCUCAUGUUCUAUCCAAUCGGUGAGCUUUUGGGUAGAAAAAUCGGAUUGAUUCUCUCCGGAUUCCUUUUGACCUUUGGAGCUGCUAUUUCGCUUAUUUCUGAUCUGCAUCGCGGUCUUGGCGCAAUCUACGCUGGUAGAGUCUUGACUGGUGUGGGUAUUGGAGGCUGCUCAGGGUUGGCACCUAUUUAUGUCUCUGAAAUUUCUCCGGCUGCCAUUAGAGGAAAAUUAGUCGGCUGCUGGGAGGUUUCCUGGCAAGUUGGUGGUAUUGUUGGCUACUGGAUUAAUUAUGGUGUGCUUCAGAACAUCCCUAGUGGCCGCAAACAAUGGACCAUCCCAUUUGCUAUCCAGCUCGUGCCUUCUGUCAUUUUCUGGCUCUUGUGCUUCAUCUUGCCCGAGUCGCCUCGUUUUCUUGUUGCUAAGGGCAAAAUUGAUAAGGCCCGUAAGAAUUUGGCUUCCUUAAGAAGGUUGCCAGAAGACCACCCAUACUUUGUUCACGAAUUAGAUACUAUCAACAAGUCAAUUCAAGAAUGUCUUGAUGCAACCGGACGUGGAUUCUUCGCACCUCUUAAGGCGCUUUUCCUUACCAGAAAGAUGCUCUACCGUUUGUUGUUGUCUUCCUCUUUGUUCAUGAUGCAGAAUGGUUUCGGUAUCAAUGCUGUCACAUACUAUUCGCCAACCAUCUUUAAAUCUUUAGGAGUCCAAGGUGCUAAUGCUGGUCUUCUCUCCACGGGUAUCUUCGGUUUGCUUAAAGGUGCAGCAUCUGUUCUUUGGGUGUUUGUCCUUGUCGACACAUUUGGAAGAAGAGUAUGUCUCUGUUACAUUGCACUCCCAUGUAGUUUAUGUAUGUGGUACUUGGGAGCCUACAUCAAAAUUGCAGACCCUGCCGGAAGAUUGGCCCAGGGUGACAUUGGUGAAACUCCAGGCGGAACGGCUGCCAAAGCCAUGCUUUACAUUUGGACCGUCUUCUACGGUAGUACAUGGAACGGAACACCAUGGGUUAUUUGCGCCGAAAUUUUCCCCCAGUCCGUUCGUACUGCUGCUCAAGCUAUUAAUGCCUCUUCCAAUUGGUUUUGGGCGUUUAUGAUUGGACAUUUUACCGGCAAGGCUUUGGCCAAGAUUGGUUACGGAUACUAUUUCCUCUUUGCCGCAUGCUCCCUUGUGUUCCCAAUUGUUGUUUGGUUUGUCUACCCAGAAACAAAGGGUGUCCCAUUGGAGGCUAUCGACUAUUUGUUCGAAGUCAGUCCAUGGAGAGCUCAUUCUUAUGCUUUGAAAAAGUUCGAGAUUGAGUUUAAUGGUGGAGUUGCAUCGAGCGACGAAACUUCAGAGCCCAGUGAAUCGGAGAGUGACGAAACCCCCGCUCUCAAGGCUCAAAAAUGA